CGCUCUCAGUUUGAACUGACUACAAAGCGUUAUCAGAACAAUAAAUUCAAGUAUAUAAAUUUUUUUUUACACACACACACACACACACGCAUUGGAAAAUGUUUCUGCGAGACGAUAGCAAACAAAUGCAGACUGCGGCGGCUCAGCGGCCAGCGCCUUUUGUGGCUGCAGUUAAGCGUGGACCCUUUACGCUUACACAGCCGGUUUACAACAAUGCAGAGGAGCCUGAAACAGAGCACAAGAUGCAUAGUCACACUUUCAAUAUCAACAUCAAGGCGCUGAAGAACAAUCACAAGUAUCACAAGCGCAUUAUACCCGCGCCAGUGUCCAAGAAGAGCGUGCCCCGAAUCAAGUCGCGCUCGCAUUUGGCUGUGAACGAGAAGCGAGAUUUGUAUAAACAGCAUCGCGAUCGCUUGGCCAAUAUCAAGGGCAAGGUGAACACUUGUCUGCCGCCGCCCAAGCAGCCGGUGAAGGAGGGCAGCGGCAUGGAGCUGUCCUACAUGGAAAUGCUUGCCGCGCUCUAUCGCAAGAGCAACGACACGCUGCGCACAUUUACCAAGUCGCCGGAUCGUCUGGCCGCUGGGCGCUGGCGCAACACCAGCGUCGCACGUGAGAAGGAGCGCAAGCAGCAGGAGAAGAACAAGAAGUAUCAUGUGGGCGGCGGACUCUUCGAUCCGCAUGCGGGCAAAACUAGACGCAACAAAGUCAAGGCGCCCAAGAGCUUUAGCUAUGAGGUGCCGCUGCAUGUUUUACAUCGCUAUGAGGAUCUGAUGAGUGUCUGCGAUGUCCAAGUGCUGUGCAAGCUGCUGCGUCCGCAAAUCUUUAUGGACUUCGAGGUCACAGGCACGCGCAUCAUGGGCCGCCUGGCCAUACAGCUCUUCACCGAGGCCUGCCCGGAGGUUGUGCUGGAAUUUAUGCGCGUCUGCACCACCGGCAAUCCGCAUUUAAUUUGCUUCACUCGCACCUUUGCGCCCAUUUGGCUGGAGGGCAAAAUAGCGCUGGAUCCGCAGCGUAAGCUGGACAUGAGCAACAUCGAGCAUGACUUUGAGGUGCUCAACCAUGGCGUCGAUGCUGGCAUCUUAUCCUUCCCCAGUCGCUAUGUGCGCGGCAAUUCGUCACGCACUUCGCUCAACUUCUCCAUCAGCUUCAAGCCGCUGUCCAUUCUCAAUGGCAAGCGCAUUGCCUUUGGCAAGGUGCGCAAGGGUCUGCAGCUCCUGGAGCGCAUUCAUGAGGCCACCGCACACUUGCCCAGCAAUAAUGGCGUAGUUAAGCUCACGGGCUGCGGCAUUCUUUAGACGCUGAGGCCUCUGGCGUAUUAUUGUGAGCUAAGCAAAUGACAUUUCUUGUAUAUGGGGGGCUAUAUAUAUUUUAAAAUUGUUUCUCAUUUGAAAAAUAUAUAAAUUGUAUGUUGACUCAAGUUAGCGCAGCUUGAAAAUAAAUGAA